AUGCCAGUGGCCCUUAAUGUAGAUGGGAAGUCAAGGAGUGGUGGAGUUGUUGAUGUUGAUGUAAGAGAGGUGAACAUCGGAGAGACCAUGGAUGUCGGUGAAAUAAGGAUCCAAGAAGGCGAUGGUGAGGUAGCCCAGAUGGCGUACAUUAAAAGUGGGGCAACCCAGGCAUCGAGGGCUGAAGGAAAUGGGACCCAAGCAUUGGGCAUUGAAGUUGGGGCGUCGCAGUUCAUGAACGCCGAAAUGGAAGCGCAAGGGGUGCCGAUGGCGGGCGGCUCUGCUAUUCGCGGAGGGACCUUUUUGAGGGAGGAUGAGGCACUAGGGGCGUCGUUUGGCGAGGAGCUAAUAGGCAUGAGGGCGAGCACGGAGGAACAUGCACCAGGGGCACCGCUUGGUGAGGUGCUAGAGGCACCGCUGGGCACUAAGUAUGAUCAGGCAGGCACGCCAUGUGCCGGGUGUGGUCUUUCAGGGUUGGGCUUAAUUGGGCUAUUGUCAUUGGGCAAGCCUGAUGUGGUAGAG